AUGGCCUGCCAGGUGAUUGAAGAGGAGCAGGCGCUGCUGGGCGCACGGGCUGCUACUGGUAGGUGUGAGGAGCAGUUGUGUGUGCGUAGCGUGAGGGAAGCUCACGAGCUACUACUGUCACGUAUGAGGAGGAGCUUGGCAGCAACUGGCACGCGCAAGGAACUUACAGCAGGUGAUUGUUCGCGAGGAGAAGUUGCUGUUUGGAAGUGCUCGCGCAUGAGGAACUGGCCAGCAGGCUUCAUAGCAGUUGUGGGGGAAGGAGCUACGCGCAAGCUUGGGGCAGUAGCUGGUGCAAAGGGAGAGGUUGCAGGUGAGAUAAGGUGGCUGAUAUGGCUGUGGGUGGCUGUGGUAGCUUGUAAGGAGGAGGAGUUGCGGGUUGUCUUGUGGGUUUCUGGAGAGGGAGUUACAGCAGCUAGGGAGAGAGAGACGGCUGGGUUAUGUUUUUUUUUUUGGUCUCUCCACUGA